GCAACGGUGCGGUUGUUCAAGUUCGGCUCGCGGACUCCGGAGCUUAACUUUCAUCUCCCGAACAAUCAAUACCUCAAAUCUCAUAAUGGCGCAAAAGUUACCCCCGCUGAGAUUUGUGAGAUCGGUCUUGAAAUCCUUCAUGGCCGAGUCCGGCUUGGAGCCGAGGCUACUGGGGCCGCACUUCAGAGUUACAAACGCCGCCGUAGGGAAGGUUGAUUUCGAAUUGGAUAUCACCAAGGACCACACAAACCGUCUAAAGAUCAUACACGGCGGCACAAUUGCUAGCAUGGUAGACCUGGGAGGCUCCCUCGCCGUCGCAUCGAUGGGGCUUUACGCUACGGGCGUGUCGACAGACCUAAACGUUACCUACCUGAGUAGCGGUGGUAAGGUUGGUGACAAGAUCACCGCCACCGCCGUUUGCGACAAGAUGGGUAAGACAUUGGCUUAUACGUCUGUAACUUUCAGGAACGCCAAAGGCGAACUCGCUGCAAGAGGAAGUCAUACAAAAUAUGUAACGCAUGCUUGGAAGGCCCAGGAAAUUCCAUUUACACCCCCUGAUAAUGCAGAGAUAGGAGAGGCUUAGAUUUGAUACUUGCUUUUUACAGCGCGAAACUUGUUCGAUAUUAAUUAUACAACUGCCUCUUGACAAAUUGGAGCAGCUAGGCCUACGGAUGUAACACAGCUACGUUUAAGUAGCUACCUAUGUAGUAACAUAAAUUUACUAGGACUGUUCAAGGCACUUCUCUGCACCCAUCCCGCCAAUUUUCGGGGAAAGAAGCUGCCUUUUCGUUUCAACGUUUCAAUUAGUCCCUUUAAAGGAUAGUGCUCUUUUUGGAAGCAUGCGGGGAUACUGGCAGGCUACGCGCGGCUGGUUGCUGGUGAGGUCUUCAACAAGAUGAUUAAUUAAUUGUGCUACGUCGAAUACCAUAAGCAUGGAUGUACCGACCUUCAGCGGGCUGAUGGACUCGGCUCAAAGGAUCGGACGAACGAUAGACUGCGUACCAUUCAAAGCGCAAUGGAGAAGAGUUCAACUUUUCUUAAGCCUUUCAAGUAACUAAAAAUU